GUGACAGAAGAUAUGUUACUCGUUUGGUCAUCGAAACGAAAAUUUAGCAAUCUUCUGCCGUCUGCUAACAUUCCCGAUUUCAAAAUAACGUCUAUUUCUGCUCAUGAUUGUACAACUAAACUCCAGAUGGGCAACUUUCCCUGUUUGUAUGCGGCCCUAGAGAUGAAGAGACAGAUUGGAUUCUACCUUACGCAAACAUAUAUCCCAACAGUACUGAUUGUAGUCUUGUCAUGGGUUUCCUUCUGGAUUGAUCUUCACGCAAUCCCGGCUAGAAUCUCUGUGGGUCUUCUAACAGUUCUGACCAUAACUACACAAAGUUCCGGUGUGCGUUCGGAACUACCCCGAGUUCCAUACACCAAAUCUAUUGAUGUCUGGAUGUCCGCGUGUUUAGUAUUUGUCUUUGCUGCGUAUGUGGAAUACGCCUUUGUGACCGUAUUAUCCAGACGUUACAAGAAAUUUUCCAACAGUAGCGGUAACAGUAAUAGCAACAGUAGUGCCACGAAUACUUCAAGCAGAGAGUCUUUGAAUACAUCAUCACUUUACCAUAUUUACGAAGAACAAGUAACAGGAAUCAUGCAUAAAGAUAGAGAAGGCAAACCCAGAUUGUCAAGAACUAUGUCAAGGGCGUCUUUACUUACGGGACGAGAUGUGGGUCAUUUAGUGGACAAGAUAUCUAGAUAUUUUUUUCCCGUGGCUUUUGUUGUGUUUAAUCUGUGCUAUUGGCUAUAUUAUGUUGAAUAUUAGGAGAUGUAAAGCAUCGAUAUCAAAUCUAUACAUCGAAUCCAUUAAUCGCU